UGGUAUAUUUUCUUUCCUUGUCUUUUUGCUUUUUCUGCUAGCAGCCUCAGUAUCAGGAUUUGGUGUAUGGUACUUCUGUCCUUCCUAAAUCCUGCUUGUUCUUCCGAGAGGUACGGAUCCAGUUGCUGCUUGAGUCUGUUUAACAGCACAAUCAGUAGCACUUUCCCUGUGUGGUUGAUGAGAGAGAUCGUUCGAUAGUUUGAGUACUCGCUGAGAUCUCCUUUCUUAGGUAUUGGUACUAGGAUCGAUUUACCCCACUCUUCGGGGAUUGUACCUUCGUGCCAUGCUUUGUUACAGAGUUCGUAAAUGUGCCGUGCUAGCUGCUCUCCUCUAGCUUGUAGCAUUUCAGCUGUGAUUCCGUCUAAUCCUGGACUUUUGUUUCUUUUUAGUGUGCGUAUUGCUUCUUGUACUUCAGAGUAUAGGAUAUCUUGGGGAUUUUCGUUGUUAGGUGGUGCAAUCCCCUCAAGUUCUUUUACCACCCUGUCUCCUCCUCCAUGAUCCUUGUAAAGAUUACUGCAAUACUGCGUCCAUCUUUGUUUAAUCUCGUCCUUUGACUGUAGUAGGGAUGCACCAAUUCCAAUUCCAACCAAUCCCAAUUCCAAUUCUUGGCUUGGAAUUGGCGGAAUUGGUUGGAAUUGGAAUUGGAAUUGGUCGGAAUUGGUCGGAAUUGGAAUUGGAAUUGGUUGGAAUUGGUUGGAAUUGGAAUUGGAAUUGGUCGGAAUUGGUUUGGAAUUGGUCGGAAUUGGUUGGAAUUGGUCGAUAAUUGGUUAG